AUGGAUAGAUGUGCCUUUCAUGCAUUGUGUAACAUGCUUAAAAGGGUUGAAAGGUUAGAACCAAGUAGGAAUAUGUGUGUGGAAGAAAUGGUUGCCAUGUUUUUACAUAUUAUAGCACAUGACGUCAAAAUUAGAGUAAUAAAGAGACAAUUUGUGAGAUCUGAAGAAACAAUUAGUAGGCGGUUUAAUGAUGUAUUGCUUGCUAUUUUAAUAUGUCAUAAUCUCUUACUGAAGAAACCUCAACCAUUUAGCCAGGAUAAAAUGGAUGAACGAUGGAAAUGGUUUAAGAUAAUUUAUUUUGCUAAUGUUAUUAAAUCUCAUAUGGAUUGCCUAGGAGCCUUAGAUGGAACUCAUAUCAAAGUCAAUGUCCUUGAGGCUGAUAAGCCUAGAUAUCGAAACAGAAAAGGUGAUAUAACAACCAAUGUGCUUGGAGUGGUUGCUCCCGAUAUGCAAUUUAUCUACGUACUGGCGGGUUGGGAGGGUUCAGCUGCGGAUUCUAGGGUAUUGCGAGAUGCACUAUUUCGCAAUGGGUUUAGUGUUCCCCAAGGUCAUUAUUACUUAUGUGAUGCUGGAUACAUGAAUUGUGAAGGAUUUUUGGCACCUUAUAGAGGACAAAAAUAUCAUUUGAGUGAGUUUAAUCCACAUAAUCAACCCAGUACAGUUCAAGAAAGAGUGAUGGUUGUGGAUCCUAUUGAUGAGAUAGAAGAUCAAAAUAUACUUGGAGUAGAUGGUGAGACGAUCCACCAUAUUGAGACGAGUGAUGCUUGGGGUAGAUGGAGAGAUCACCUUGCACAAGAAAUGUGGAACCAAUGGAGGAGAAGACAUCACGCUCGAUAA